AUGACUUCUCCCAUCCCCGCCGCCGUCUUCGGCUCGACCGGUCUGACCGGCUCCUUCACCCUAGCCACCCUCCUCACCUCCGAGUCCCAGUGGGGACCGGUGCACACGAUCUCGCGCCGCGCGCCCUCGAACCCGACGUCUUCGCCUAGCCUCAACUCCGUGCUCGAGUCCGACACGUCCAAGUGGGCGUCGUCGCUCGGCUCCCUCUCCCCGGUGCCUCAGGUCGUCUUCUCGUCGGUGGGGACGACGCGCGUCGCCGCCGGCGGUCUCGAGCAGCAGUGGAAGAUCGACCACGACCUCAACAUCGAGAUCGCCAAGGCGGCCAAGGCGGCCGGCGCGCGCACCUUCGUCUUCAUCUCCUCGGGCGGCACCCGCGGCUUUGCGACGUCGUCCCUGCCCUACUCGCGCAUGAAGAACGGCGUCGAGGACGCGGUGCGCGACCUGGACUUCGACAACGCCGUCAUCCUCAAGCCCGGCUUCAUCAACGGCCACCGCGAGCAGGAUCGCAUCCGCAACUUUGAGGGGCUGUUCCAGACCGUCGUCGGCCUGCUGGGGAAGGCGAGCACCGCCGCCAAGGACGCCAUCUCCCAGGACGCCGACGUCAUCGGUAGGGCGGCCGUCAAGGCGGCCGAGCUGGCGGCCCAGGGCAAGGCGCCCGCCAAGUUUUGGCUCGUCAGUCCUGCCGAGAUUGUCAAGCUUGGCCGCAAGGAGGAGUGA